AUGGCUCAGAAUUCUGCUCCCCCAGAAGAAGUUGUAGUGCCUGUUCCAGAAGAAAAAAAUGAAGCCAAAGAAAAAGAAGUCGCAGUGACUAUUCCUGAAGCAAAAAAUGAAGCCGAAGAAAAAGAAGUUGCAGUGCUUAUUUCUGAAGCAAAAAAUGAAGCCAAAGAAAAAGAAGCUAAAGAAAUCCCUGAUGAUACUACCACCACUGCUGCUGCUGCCACUACUAAUACUAGUGUGGCAGCUAAAACAGAUAAAAUGAAGAUUAUUGUGCUUUCAUUAACCGUACUUUCAUUUCUUCUUUCCUUCCCAAUCCUCUUUUCAAUCGCUUGGUUGCUAUACUUGAGACAAUAUGACUGUGAAAACCUUCUUGACUUGCCAAAGUUACAACUUGUGAUUGUCAUUGGUCUAGCAAUUGUCUUCUUUGUGAGCAACUUUGUAGUGAAGUUUGGAAGCCGGUUUCCUAUGCUUGGACUUCUCUUAGUUGUGGUGCCACUGAUUUUGAUGCUGAUUGUUGGUCUUGGACUUGAGGGUGCUUUUGACAUGGAAGCUCGUACCAUACCCGGUACUCCUAGAUGGCUUGAGUUCAGGGUGGAUAAUGACUACAAUUGGAAGGAUGUCAAAUCCUGCUUGUAUGCUACGACGACAUGUAGAGAGUUGGCGUUAAGGUCUUAUACCACCAAAUCCUUUGACUUCACAGCAAGCAAAUUAUCAUCGAUUGAGUCUGGUUGUUGUCUGCCGCCAACAAGCUGUGGAAUGGAAUACGUGAAUGCCACAUUCUGGAGGAAAGAAGAUUCAACACUGGAUUCGUCUAACCCAUUGGAAAGGGAUUGUGAUCUAUGGAAGAAUGAUGAAACCAUUUUGUGCUACAACUGCCAAGCCUGUAAAGAUGGAUUUCUCAAACCAUUACUUGGUAAAUGGCAGAACAUUGGGACCUUCCUCAUUGUCAUGGCUGCUCUGCUUUCAGCCUCGCAUCUGUUGCUUUUUAUUUCUACAAUGUUGGAGCAACUUCGAGGAUACCAUAAAAGCAAAUUAAUCGCACUUUCAUUUUAA